GUCUCAACCUACGGAGACGAAGGCUACACGUUCCAACUGCCGAAGUCAAGGAAGACUGCGCAGUCGAACCUGGCGACGAUGAAAAAAAAUAACUGGAUCGAUAGGUCGACACGGAUUGUCUUGAUAGAGUUUAUACUACACAAUAAGAACCUCCACAACUACUGUUUCGUCAAG